GGGGCGGGCGGAGCGCGCGCGGUAUGGCGGGCCGGCGCGGGGCCCUGAUCGUGCUGGAGGGGGUGGACCGCGCCGGGAAGAGCACGCAGGGCCGGCGGCUGGUGGAGGCUCUGCGGGCUGCCGGCCACCGCGCCGACCUCCUCCGCUUCCCGGAGAGAACAACGGAGAUCGGGCGGCUGAUCAGCUCCUACCUGGGGAAGGAGAAGAACCUGGAGGACCACACCGUUCACCUGCUCUUCUCCGCCAACCGCUGGGAACACGUACCGUUGAUGAAAGAGAAACUGCAUCAAGGGAUCACGCUCGUGGUUGACAGAUACGCCUUUUCUGGAGUGGCCUUCACAAGUGCCAAGGAGAACUUCUGCCUGGACUGGUGCAAACAGCCUGACAUUGGACUCCCAAAGCCAGAUCUGAUUCUGUUCCUUCAGUUAAGCCCGGAGGAAGCAGCGGAACGAGGGAGCUUUGGAAAUGAACGUUAUGAGACCAGCUCCUUCCAAGAGAGAGUUCUACAGUCCUUCUAUCAUCUGAUGAAGGACAAGACAUUAAACUGGAAGACAAUGGAUGCUUCAAAGAGCAUAGAAGACUUGCACAGAGAAAUCAAGUCCGUUGCAGAGGAAAUCAUGCAGGAGGUUCAGAAUAAACCUUUGGGAGAACUCUGGAAAUAAAACUUUAUACAGGUUAUUCUUUUAGACCUAAGGGAAAACUCACCUCCUGGCAUCCUGGCUUGGUAACUCCCCUGCGUCACCUUCCAGUAACUACAGCUUAGAUCUCACGUGUUCCCCUGGGUUCAGCAUGGUGCUGAUGUCCUUAUGUGGUCCUCUAGUCCCUGCUGUAUUUUAUAAGCGAAUGUACGAUAUGCACGUUACAAAUUCCUUAUGAAAACCUCCCUCCCUCAAGCAGGAGCUCUUGUUCUAGCCCCAGUCCUGUGGCGUGGAUGUGGGUGUGGAGCCCAGAGCUCCCCGUGGACACAGCACCCACAGGGAGGCAACAACCUGCCCAGUUUGGGGAACUGCCACGUUUCUGAUUCUUCUGCCUCUCUAAGCAAUGCAUCCUCUGUGCUGAAACCAGAUUGUAGAGGACUUGCUAAUAAAUCAUUCUUUUAAACAUAUUGCACAGGG